AUGAUGCUCGACAAGUUCAAAAACAUAGUCAACCUAAACAACAGCGCCGCGGAAAAGGAUGAAGUGAACAAAGCGGAGGCGAACGAAAACCCAGAGGCCAGCGCGCCACUACCAGGGGGGGAUCCCUCUCUAGAAGCAGCAGAGGACAAAGCCUUCUUUGAUGAAAUGCUAGGAGCCCCACAGUACACUUAUGAGCAGUUCCUCAAGGUGUUAAAGGCCCCUCAAGAGGAAAGGGGAGAUACGGAUGACUUGAGAAAGCACUGGGGGUAUCCCCGGAGGUGGAAAGUCAUUCUCUGGGAUCUCCAAAUACAGAAUUAUAUGAACACCGAUUUUAAUGCCUUUGUCGAUUUCGACUUUGGAGGCAACCGAGAGGAGUGCCGCAUUCAGAGAGGCUCCAGCAUGAAAAUCUACGCCAAGGGGAAGACGAAAAACUGCCUGCGGACCCAUGUGGUGUCCAACGUGGCAGCGGACCAAAAAAAAAACAUGAAUUUCAGGAGCGUGUUUGAGUACAGAGGGUCUUAUCUAGACCUCGAAAAUGAAAAGCUAAGAAUAAAGGUGUGGGAGUAUAAACAGCUCACAUUAAAUAAACUGGAAGGUAUAUACGAAGAGCCUCUUCUCUCAUUUGCAGUAGGACAGGUUUAUAACGAAACGACGUUGUAUAAAUAUAUGAAGGAUACCCGAGUGAAGCGCUGCCGCCUCUUCUUCCAACUAUACUUCCAGGAGCUAUACGAUUUUGAGUUAUCAUUUCUGAAUUGGUCAUUUAACGAUUUGCUCUCCUACACGUACAUACAAGCUAAGAGCUUAAAGUACGUCGAGGACGAUCCGGAUAAAUUGGGGAGACGGUUUAACAAAAAUGGACGUUGUCAUUUCUGCCCUAAAGGAGGCACUCGUGUAAAAGUUAAAAAGUUAAAUAAAAAAAAAAAAAAAAAAAACGAAAAUGAAGAUACAGAAUAUGAAAUCGGCAUUAAUUCCUCUUUCAAUAGUGCCUUGUCUGAAGACUCAGAACGAAAUAAUAAAAACAGCCAACAGAACAAAACGGGUGCCACAUAUAAAGAUGAUCGGCUGGCAAGAAAUUUAGAAAAAUUAUUCUUCCGCAAUGUGAGUUUGAUGCAGAAUGUGGAAGAGAAUGAAAAGGUCUCGUACAAAAAUGUUAAUAAUGUGGAGUUACCAAAUCCGAGAGUUACCAUCACGUUGACACAUACGCCCAAGGGACAUGAAGGACUGACCUUGGUCUCCAUGGAGCAGAAGGCCAUCUGCUUCCCCAUCUGGGAAAACCUAGGCGAGAUGUACUUCCGGGGCACCCUUCGGGAUAUUGACAUGUCCUACUUGAACAUACAAGUGGAGGACAUGUCCGCGCCUAAAAGUAACCGCGAAAUCGGGACGUGUCAAAUUCCGCUCAAGGGAGUAGUGGACUACCCAUACGUCUCGCACCAGCUGGAGGCGCCCCCCUGGUUGAUUGAAGAAGCCAAGUACGAAGGAUGGGAAGGUAAAUUGGAGGAAUGGAAAUUCGGCACCGUGGAUGGAAAGGUCAUAAUAGCAAGAGUACCUCGGUACAGACAGAUGGGGGAUAUGUACCACGUGGACUGUCGAUACGCCUACCUCAUAGUUCAUAUAUUUAAUAUAGACCAGAUAGUAACAGUAGAGAAUGUAAAAGAAUUGGAUACGUACGUGGAGGUCUCCUUUGACGAAACCAGCAGGAAAACACGUUUGGUAAAGAAAACCUUGUCACCAAAUUAUGACAGCCAAAUAGCUAUCCCACUACGCUUCAAUAAUAAAAGUCAGGUGAAUUAUAAUAAUUUUAGUAAAAAGGGACGUAUAUAUAUAGAUGUUUGGGGCAAAGCAGAUGACAUUGUAUACGUGGGAGGGGUAUCCAUAACCCCUUAUGAAAUAUUUUUUAAUGAAAAAAAUGUGAAAAGAAAAAAAACCAAAUUGGAACACAUUGAUUUGGAGACUAAUGUCAGGACCCCAUACGAGACAGUCGUCUACAGAGGCUGCAAAAAAUUACUCUUCCUACAUGACGAUCAAAGAACCUCAAACAUACAUUUCAGCGUGUGGACAUACCCAGAUAUGUUAAGCAACGAUCAGCAUGACAGUAACACAGUGGUGGCUCCACCUAUUUUUAAUACCACAAAAAAUUUCCCUAGGAGAUUAGCAGAAAAGUACGAGAAAUUGAAGGGACUAUAUUUUCAAGUACUUAAAACGAUUAGAGGUAUUCCAGAAGGAUGUACAGAUAUAUAUAAGACGAAACGUUUUUUUAAUUACGAAUUGAUGAAUCAAAGAAAGGAAAGUCAUUUUUUGCCAACCCUAAUUACAAAUGUGAAAUCUCCAUACGGUGCAGAAUCCACAAAUGCCAUAUUCCAUUACGUUAGAUGUAUACCUUUUAUCCACAAAAAAGAUAAUAUAGCUUUUACACCAGAUUUCACACUACAGCUAAAAGGGGGAAAUGCCUUAGACCAUAGCCUACUAUUGUGUAGUCUCUUUUUAGGCAUCCCAGUCAUAUCCUUUGUAUGCUUUGGAACCUUGUGGGAUAACCAGAAGCAUGCAUGGGUGUGUACCCUAGAAUAUAAUGAAGAGAAAAAUUAUGGUAUUAUCAAGUUUUGGGAAACCACUACAGGAAAUGUAUAUACCUUAAAAAAAAGAUUUAGUGAUGUGAAUAAAUUAAAAACUUUAGAAAUACAAUUAAGUGAGUCAAAGUAUAAGUCUCAUUUAAGACAUGGUUUUUUGCAAAAAGGGGGAAUGAAUACAAAUGAUCUGAACAAAAUAAAGGAAGAGACCAAAAGGCAAAUUAAAGAAGUAUUUAGUAACAGAGUAACUGAUAUUCCAGUCGGAGGACCAUCUGUUCCAUACAAAACGAUAGAUCUCAUUUUUAAUAAUAAAAAUAUUUUCCUCAAUCUUCAGGAUCCGAACCCUUUAAAUAUUUGGUAUGACUACUGGAAGGUAGACUUAUGGUUUCCCUUCUCUUCCAUUGAUUACACUAUCCAGCCCUGUUUCACCAUAAAGAAUUAUUCUCACAAAAUAGAAGACAUGGAAUUGGAUAGACUAGCUAAAGAACUUAGAGGCAACAUUGAAAAAAAUAUUAAUAUUUAUAGAGCUUCUCGGAACCUGCCUACUAGAUGGAACCGCGAUGAAACUUUAGAACUAUUUUUGCAAGUCGGGUUGGAGUUACUGCACCAAUUGAACACCUCAAGAAAGGAAGACGCACUGCUAGCAAAAUUAAAAAUUGAAGAUUGGAAAAAAGCCCUCUACUAUAAAGUACCACAGAGCCAUAGGCUACUCGGAUUUCCAUACCAUUUUAACACAUGCAAAUCCAAGUUCAUUUCAGAUAAACUCAUUAGCACACUUGCUAUUUUAGAAUCCCGAGAUAGAUCCCUGUGUCUUUCGCUAGCUGUCUGCUUGUAUAGCCUCCCUGGAGACUUUAUUUCUGCUUACAUCUACAUUAUUACUUGCGUGAAGAUAACGCAGAGGGAGCUGCGAAAAAUGGAAAUCGUCAAGGAGAAGGCGCAAAGAAAGGCAGAAAUCAAGAACGCCAGAAAAAAACAAAAGGGAUCCCUCGAAGAUGUUGACGCGCCAAGGGUCGACGACAUACUUGUGGAUACGCUAGAAGAACACAACCUGGAGGAGACACUAAAGGAGGACGCCUAUGGGGAGAUGGACAUAAAAUUUGCCUCCACAAACCAGGAGGCGCCUUCGCAGGAGCACACUCAGGCGGAUGACGUAUAUCUGGACUUGAUGGGGUCCCACGCCAAUGACGAAACGGCCCAGAUAGUAUCCACGCAGAAUAAAGGGAAAGGUUCGAAAAAGAAAAAGCUAAAAAAGUCGGUUGACUUGAUCAAUUUGUUGCUCGCUGUGAAAAAAGAAGGGGGGAGUAAAAAUGGAGAAAACCGACAUGAGGUAGAGGACGCCCUGAUGGGGAAGCCACAGGACAGUUUAACCCGAAUGAAAGAGGGGGAUUCCACCAAAAAUGAAAAUGAGCCUGAGACAGGUGUGUAUCGAUCAUCAGAAGAGGAAAGAAAGGAUGACCAGAUGAUGAAAGAAGCACUCGAGGAAGACGUCCCACUGGUGAGCCUCAAGGGGAACAUCAUAGCUGCUGACUUGACUGAAUGGAGGAUGGAAGAAAGCGUAGACACAAAGGAGUUGAAGAAAAAAAAAAAGAAGGAAAAGAAGAAAGAAAAGGAGGACAAAUCGGAGCGAGACAAAAACCAACUAGAAUUCGAAAAGCUAAUAAAAUCUAACAACUACUUUGAGAAGGAAAAAAAAAAACUGCAACAAGACAUAGAAAAGCUGGAGAAGGAAAAGGAGGAAUUCAAGAAACAAAAAAUGCUAAGGGAGCAAAAAGAGCAACAAAUGCUGCUCGAGGAAAAGAUGAAACUCGAAAGGGAAAAGGAACUCUUCGAGAAUGAGAAGUUAGAACGGAAAAUGUCGUACAUGAUGAAAAUUAAUGAGUGGGAGAAGAAGGAGAAGGAGCGAAAGAGGGAUGAGGAGGAACGCAAAAGGAAAGAGGAAGAGCGGAAAAGGAAAGAGGAAGAGCGGAAAAGGAAAGAGGAAGAGCGGAAAAGGAAAGAGGAAGAGCGGAACAGGAAAGACGAGGACCGGAAGAAGAAAAAAAAAAAAAAGGAGGAAAGCCGCAGGAGGAAGUUGGACGGGGUGGACAGUGCUGAAGGGGAGGAAGAGGCAGAUCGGGAAGAAAAAAAGGAAAAGGCGCGCCAGAUGGAAAGAGAGCGGGAGCGGGAGAAGGACAGAGUACGGGAGCGCGAAAAGCAAAAAGAACGGGAACGGCAAAUGGAGAAAGAAAUGAAUAGGCACAUGAGUAGCCAAAUUGACAGAAAAAAGGGGCACAACAGGGAGCCGCAGCCUGCCAUGCAGGAAAAGUACUCUGACACCAAUGAGCUUAGCGAGCUAAGCAACUUUGACGAGGAAUUGGACCUCAACCAGAUGUAUUCGAAGACUUCAAGUAGGGAGCCAGACGGGAGCAGUCGUGACGCAUUUAUGGCAGCAGUUGUGUCCGACUUUACCCCCUUGUGGAUUUGUAUGGACAGUGCUGAAGGGGAGGAAGAGGCAGAUCGGGAAGAAAAAAAGGAAAAGGCGCGCCAGAUGGAAAGAGAGCGGGAGCGGGAGAAGGACAGAGUACGGGAGCGCGAAAAGCAAAAAGAACGGGAACGGCAAAUGGAGAAAGAAAUGAAUAGGCACAUGAGUAGCCAAAUUGACAGAAAAAAGGGGCACAACAGGGAGCCGCAGCCUGCCAUGCAGGAAAAGUACUCUGACACCAAUGAGCUUAGCGAGCUAAGCAACUUUGACGAGGAAUUGGACCUCAACCAGAUGUAUUCGAAGACUUCAAAUUUGUAUGACGUAAAGGAGAAGAAAAAAAAAAAAAUAAGAGUGCAUACGAAUAGGAAGGAAACUAGUGCCUCCACGUCCAACCUCUCCAAAGACAUGGAUCAGGUGAAGAAGGAAAUGGAGGAUGAUAACCCCAACAUCGCCAGGUACCUAUACGGGAAAACCAAAAACACAGAUGCCGAGAAAAAAAAUUAUAACUACGACAAGCCGCACUAUGGGAAAAGUAUGAACGACAUGACAUAUACAGAAAUGAAGCAGAGUGAUUUAUUUAAAGGGUUUGUUGACCCUUCAUCUGGAAAGGCUAAGAAAAAAAUUGUGCUCGUGAAAAGGAAGGGAUAG